GCUCGCACAGCGUUGCCACUCUUUUGAAUUUUGUUAUACAGCGACGUCCGCCAUUGUCGCGUCUUUCAUCCAACCAACCAAAAAAAAAGUGUGUGAAAAUCGUGCGACUUUAAACGCAUUCGAAUUGUGCAAAUAGCGUGUAUAUUUGUAGGUGAACAAAAGUGAAAAAUGGCCUCGCCCUCGCCGGCGAACAGUCCGAUGCCGCCGCCACAGGCUCCCAGCCCAAUGGCGCCCCCGUCGCAAUCUCCCGCUCCCUCUCCCCACAGUCCUUAUCCGCAUCAGGGCCCACCACAGGGACCGCCUCAAGGGCCGCCGCCCGGUGCACCGCAUAUGCAAGGACCACCCGGACCACCGCCCGGACAUCCUGGAGGACCCUAUGGUCAUCCCAUGCAGCAUGUGGCUCCUGGCCAAGGGCCACCAGGUCAUCAUAUGCCGCCACAUCAUCAGGGCAUGACGCCACACAUGGGAAUGCAGAUGCCGCCAACUGGACCGAAUAUGUCGCCUCUGGGAUAUCAAACGCAUGGAAUGCCUCCUAAUUAUGUGUUUUCAUUACAGGCGCCCUCGCAGCCUGGCCAGGGACCACCUGGCGGCCCGCCCGGUGGCCAGCCGGAGCGAUCCGGACAAGAGAAUUUGCAUGCACUGCAGCGGGCAAUCGAUUCCAUGGAGGAGAAGGGAUUGCAAGAGGAUCCACGCUACUCGCAGCUGCUGGCAAUGCGUGCGACAUCGAAGCAUCAGCAUCUUAAUGGUAACCAAGUGAGUUUGUUGCGCACACAGAUCACAGCGUAUCGCUUGCUGGCCCGCAACAAGCCCAUCUCCAUGCAGACCCAACAGUCGCUGCAAGCCUAUCAGAUGGCCCAGCAACAGCAGCAACAACAGCCGCCGCCAAUCGGACCCCCAGGCAUGCCUGGAGGACCGCCACCUGGAGCACAACAUGGCGGCCAGCCACCUAUGCAGCCACAGCAGCCGCCAUCAACCGGAACGCCGCCGCAAUGUUCCACGCCGCCAGCGAGUCCGUACGGUCCGCCUGUGCCCGGCCAGAAAUUGCAGCCAGCGCCUCCGCCGCACAUGCAAACGCAGCCAUUGCAACCACAGCCGCCACUUCUAGGAGGCGCACCAAUGCCGCCACAGCAACAGCAACAAGUGCAACAACAGCAGCAGCAGCAGCAACAACAACAGCAGCAGCAACAGCAAGUACAGCAGCAGCAGCAACCAAUGCCGCAACAGCAGCCGCUGCAACCGCCGCCAGAUCAACUGCAGCAUCAGCUGCCCAAUGGCGGCAAACCGCUGGCCAUGGGUCCAGUGGGCGGACCACCUUUGAUACCACCCACGCCGAUGCAGCAGCAACAGCAGGGCGUGCGUCCCUCGGCACCCGGAUUGCCAGGCAGUCAAGUGGCGCCACCUGGUCCACCGCGUCCAGGCGGUCCACCGGGUCAACAGCUGCCCAUGGCGAAACCGAAUCGCGUCACAACUGUGGCGAAACCCGUGGGUCUCGAUCCCAUAACGUUGCUGCAGGAGCGUGAGAAUCGUGUCGCCGCACGGAUCUCGCUUCGCAUGCAGGAGCUGCAACGUCUGCCGGCCACAAUGCCUGAGGAUUUGCGUCUGCAGGCGGCCAUUGAACUGCGAGCGCUGCGUGUGCUCAACUUUCAGCGACAGCUGCGCAUGGAGAUUGUGCAGUGCACGCGACGCGACACCACGCUGGAGACGGCCAUCAACAUGAAGUUCUACAAGCGCACGAAGCGUCAAGGAUUACGCGAGGCACGCGCUACUGAGAAGCUGGAGAAGCAGCAGAAACUGGAGGCGGAACGCAAGCGUCGCCAGAAGCAUUUGGAGUUCUUGGCUGCGGUGCUGCAGCAUGGAAAGGAUCUGCGCGAAUAUCAUCGCAAUAAUAAGGCUCAGUUGGCACGCAUGAACAAGGCGGUGAUGAAUUAUCACGCGAAUGCGGAGCGCGAACAGAAGAAGGAACAGGAGCGCAUUGAGAAAGAACGUAUGCGUCGCCUCAUGGCUGAGGACGAAGAAGGUUAUCGCAAGCUCAUUGAUCAGAAGAAGGACAAACGUUUGGCAUUCCUGCUCUCGCAGACCGACGAGUACAUCAGCAAUCUCACGCAGAUGGUGAAGCAACACAAGGAUGAUCAGAUGAAGAAGAAGGAGGAGGAGGGCAAGCGACUGCAGCAAUACAAGAAGGAGUUGCUGAUGAGUGGUGAAUACGUGAACAUUGAUGAGAGCAGCAUUGCUGCCGAUAUGCGUGUCGCUGUCGUGGAACAGUGCAGCGGCAAGAAGCUAACUGGCGACGAUGCACCGAUGCUGAAGCAUUUGCAUCGCUGGCUCAACAUGCAUCCCGGCUGGGAUUGGAUCGAUGACGAUGACGAGGAGAGCGAAGAGUCGCCCGAAAAGAAACCCAAGCCUAAGCUGGAGGAGUUGCCCGAGCGUAGCGCUGCAGCUGCCGAAGGUUCCCAGGAUGCCACGGAUAAGGCAGCACAGCCGGGAGAUGCCGAAUCCACGGAUCUGAUCAAUCAAGUUAAAGUGGAGGACGAUGAGUAUCGUACAGAGGAGCAGACGUACUACAGCAUUGCGCAUACCGUGCACGAAAAGGUCACUGAGCAGGCGAGCAUUAUGGUCAACGGUCAGCUUAAGGAAUAUCAGCUUAAGGGUCUGGAGUGGCUCGUUUCACUGUACAACAACAAUUUGAAUGGCAUUCUGGCCGAUGAAAUGGGUCUGGGAAAGACUAUUCAGACCAUAUCGCUGGUCACUUAUUUGAUGGAUCGGAAGAAGGUGAUGGGACCCUAUUUGAUCAUUGUGCCGCUUUCCACUCUGCCCAAUUGGGUGCUCGAGUUUGAGAAGUGGGCUCCAGCAGUGGGAGUGGUCAGCUACAAAGGAAGUCCGCAGGGACGUCGCGUGCUGCAGAAUCAGAUGCGUGCCACAAAGUUUAAUGUGCUGCUCACCACAUACGAGUAUGUGAUCAAGGACAAAGCGGUGCUGGCGAAGAUCCAGUGGAAAUACAUGAUCAUCGAUGAGGGUCAUCGCAUGAAGAACCAUCACUGCAAGUUGACGCAGGUGCUCAACACUCACUACAUUGCGCCGUAUCGUCUGCUCUUGACCGGUACACCGCUGCAGAAUAAGCUGCCCGAGUUGUGGGCGCUGCUUAAUUUCCUGCUGCCCUCUAUCUUCAAGUCGUGCUCGACAUUUGAGCAGUGGUUCAAUGCACCGUUCGCCACCACGGGCGAGAAGGUUGAACUCAAUGAAGAAGAAACGAUUUUGAUUAUUCGACGUCUUCACAAAGUGUUGCGUCCCUUCCUGUUGCGUCGUCUCAAAAAGGAGGUCGAACAUCAGCUGCCCGACAAGGUUGAGUACAUCAUCAAGUGCGACAUGUCGGCGCUGCAACGAGUGCUCUACAAGCACAUGCAGAGCAAGGGCGUGCUGCUCACCGAUGGCUCCGAGAAGGGCAAACAUGGCAAGGGCGGCGCCAAGGCGCUGAUGAACACCAUUGUGCAGCUGCGCAAGCUCUGUAAUCAUCCAUUCAUGUUCCAACACAUCGAGGAGAAGUACUGCGAUCACACUGGUGGACAUGGCGUGGUGUCUGGUCCCGAUCUGUAUCGUGUGUCGGGUAAAUUUGAACUGCUCGAUCGCAUUUUGCCCAAGCUGAAGGCCACCAAUCAUCGUGUACUGCUCUUCUGUCAGAUGACGCAGUGCAUGACCAUCAUUGAGGAUUAUCUCGGCUGGCGACAGUUUGGCUAUCUGCGCUUGGAUGGUACCACCAAGGCCGAGGACCGUGGCGACCUGUUGCGCAAAUUCAAUGCCAAGGACUCUGACUACUUUGUCUUCUUGCUGUCCACACGUGCCGGUGGUCUUGGUCUCAAUUUACAGACUGCUGAUACUGUGGUCAUUUUCGAUUCGGAUUGGAAUCCCCAUCAGGAUUUGCAGGCACAGGAUCGUGCGCAUCGUAUUGGUCAACGCAACGAAGUGCGUGUGCUACGUCUGAUGACUGUCAACUCGGUGGAGGAGCGUAUUCUCGCUGCGGCACGUUACAAACUGAAUAUGGAUGAAAAGGUUAUUCAGGCGGGUAUGUUCGAUCAGAAGUCGACAGGCAGCGAACGACAGCAGUUCCUGCAGACCAUCCUGCAUCAGGAUGACAACGAGGAAGAGGAGGAGAAUGAGGUGCCCGACGAUGAAAUGAUCAAUAUGAUGAUUGCGCGCAGCGAGGAGGAGAUUGAGAUCUUCAAGAAGAUGGAUAUAGAGCGCAAGAAGGAGGACGAAGAGAUUCAUCCGGGCAGAGAGCGUCUGAUCGAUGAGUCCGAGCUGCCUGACUGGCUAACCAAGGACGAUGACGAGGUGGAGCGCUUCCACUAUCAGUACGACGAGGAUACUAUUCUAGGUCGUGGUUCCAGGCAGCGCAAGGAGGUGGACUACACGGACAGCUUGACCGAGAAGGAGUGGCUGAAGGCUAUCGACGAUGGCGCCGAGUUCGAUGAGGAAGAGGAAGAGGACAACGAUUCGAAGCGCAAACGUCGCAAGCGCAAGAAUCGCAAAGAUGAAUCCGACGAUGAUUCACUUAUACUUAAGCGUCGACGCCGCCAGAAUCUAGACAAGCGUUCGAAGAAGCAAAUGCACAAGAUCAUGAGUGCAGUCAUCAAGCACACGCAGGAUGGUCGCACUUUGUCGGAACCCUUCAUGAAGCUGCCCUCGCGUCAACGGCUCCCUGACUACUAUGAUGUCAUCAAGCGACCGGUGGACAUUAAGAAGAUACUGCAACGCAUUGAGGACUGCAAAUAUGCGGAUCUCAAUGAGCUGGAGAAGGACUUUACGCAACUCUGCCAGAAUGCGCAAAUCUACAACGAGGAGGCGUCGCUCAUCUAUCUCGAUUCCAUUGCUUUGCAAAAGGUCUUUGUGGCCGCCAGGCAACGAAUCACAGCGGCUGCCGAUGCUGCUGCUGUGGCGGCCGGAGAGAAUACGAGCGAAGCACAUGGCAAUGGUGGUGGCGGCGGAGGCAACAAUUCUGAUAACUCCGAUAACGAUGAUGAUGAUGGAGAUGAUGGUUCGGAUGAUGAGGAAAUUGCCACCACAUCAGCGGCAGCAGUGAAAAUGAAGCUAAAACUUAACAAAUCACUGGCCAGUGCACCAUCCACGCCCACACAAUCAGCGGCAUCGGUGGCCAGUGGAGCAGCGACCACAUCCAAGAAGCAGACGCGUCGCAAGCGCUCCCAGAAGAAAUACACCAUAUCCGAUGAUGAUGACGACGAUAUGGACUAGCUGCCACUGGGCAUCAUGUUUAAGCGCCAUGAAGCCGAUGUCGUCGCAGGUGAAACAGAAGCAGAAGCCGACUAACAUUUAGUUUAUUUAUAAGUUCUCCUCUUUUAUUCUUCGUCCCCCUUUAAAUUACCCACAAAGCAGCAUUGCAAUAAUGAAACUUUCAAACAGUUUGUCGCACAUAAUUAUUAUUAUAAAAACUCAAUGAUAUAUACAUAUAUAUUUAAAGCAAAUAACAAGUACUUUUUAAAUAAAUAUAUACAUACUUGCAAAAAGCAAAGCAAA